UCAGAGAAGAGAGAACUAUAGUUACAGUUCCUGAGUCAAAUUUCCUUGAAAAAAAGGAAUAAAAAGGCCUAGGAACAUGGCUGCCAUCGAGUUGACUGAAAAUUUCAGCGUGGAUCUCACUUGCUCCAUCUGCUUAAGCUAUUUUACUGACCCAGUGGUUGUCGAUUGUGGCCACAGCUUCUGCAGAAAGUGUCUUUUCAGGUGGUUUGGGGAAUCCAGUACACCAGAAGUCUGCCCAGAGUGCAGGACAGUCAUCUCAGUUGGAGACAUUUUGUGCAAUAAGAAUCUACAGAAUCUGGCUAUCACUGGCAAGCUGCUUAGAUUUCAUUUACCACAGAACAUCAGGAAUCUGACCAUCUGUGAUGCACAUGAAAAAGAAGAGACCCUGUUCUGUGAGGAUGACCAUAGGUUCUUGUGUUGGACUUGUUUUUUAACUACAAAUCACAAGGAGCACAAAGUCCUUUCUUUGGAAGGUGCUGAUGGCCAGUGUGUGGAAAAGCUCCGAGCUAUAUGGAAUAUUUUAAGGAAAAGGAAGGAAAAAUUUCAAAAUGAUUUGAAAUAUGAGAAAUUGAAAGAGCUUCACUACAAGGUUGAGGGCCAGACUUUGAAAGAAUCUGUUAUAGCUGAAUAUGAGAAAAUGUACCAGUUGUUAUUAGAGGAAGAACAGCUACAUCUGCAAAGACUGGACAAGGAAGCAAGGAACAACUUGACAAAGUUUCAGAAAAGUAAGGUCAGAUUUUCCCAAAAGAUCUACAAUUGUCAAAUGAUGAUCUUAGAAAUGGAAGAGAAUUUUGAGAGGCUGCCCAUCCUCAAGCAGAAACCCCAGAGGACAUGGAAUACUUUAAGGAGAAAAAAAGAACAACUUCAAACUGAAUUGGAAUGUGAGAAAGAAAAAGAAGCACAAUGUAUUUUGGACUAUGAGUCUAUGAAACAGUUGGUUGUGUCUGAAUAUGAGAACAAGCACCAGUUCUUCUUGGAAAAAGAACAGCUACAUCUGCAAAGACUGACCCAGGAAGCAAGAGGAAACUUGGCAAAGUUUGAGGAGAGCCAGUCCAGAUUGUCCCAAAAGAUCCAGAAUCUACAAGUGCUGAUGUCAGAAGUGGAGGACAAUUUCGAGGUACCUCUCAUUGAAUUUCUCUAAGAAUGGAGAAUAUACUGCAAAGGAAUGAGGAACAGCUCCGUCAAGAUCCAACCUUGGAAUGAUAGAAUGGUGAUGACUUUCUAGAGGGAGAAUCUCUGAGGGAAUUCUCAGGCCAUGAGGACACAGACCAGAGAACCAAGCCAGAGGCUACAGAUCAGAGCUAAGCCACGAAGAGGA